AUGAACCCAAGUCUUCUGGACCACAGCAUGCAUCAUUUCCCCAGCAGUACCUACCCAGAGGACAGAGCAGAGCACCCUUCCUCCUUUCUACACGACAACACAUACAACUCGUCCACUCCUCCAUCCUCCUCUCACUCAAGCGCAGGAUCCCUCAUCUCUAUGCUCCUACAGAAAACCAUUGAGAGUAAACGGACCCUCCAGGAGAGCACCGCUGCAUAUUACCACCCUGACGCUCAUAUUACCUUCUCUGCCUUGACGAGCGCUAGCCUGGCGGAUCAUCACAGCAGCACUUGUUCCAAGAGCAGCAGCGCCACCAUGGAGCCUCUGUCUCCAGCCAGCCAGGCAUCCACCGGGGCCAGCCCCACUAGAGUCAGCCCCAAUGGGGCCGGGUCGACCCAGGACUGGACCCUGGAGCUGGGGGACAGACGCCGGGCGAAGCGUGCCAGAGUGGAGAACAUCAUCAGAGGCAUGGCAGGCUCUCCUCCCAGUCCCGGUGUUCAUUGUACAGAUGAGGGGGAGACCACUCCAACCAGUGACCUUGAGAGUGAGACAAUGGAAAACAAGCAGGAGAAUAAGAGGAAACAGAGGGUGCCGCAGCACCAGGACCUCCUGAGGAAAGGGGGCGCUAGUGGGAAGAGUACGGACGAGGGCCAUAACCUGAGGAAGCAGCUUCAGACCAUGCAGAUGCUCCUGGGUCAACUCCAGGCCAGGUUCAUCCAAAUCUACGAGUACCAGACUGAGUCUGAGGACGUCAGUGAUGGGGCGAUUUCAACAGGUGUGAUGGAGGAUGACCACCAACGUACUUGGUUCAAAGGAUACCCGGAGACAGAGGUGUUCAUGGACCCUUACAGUGAGUUUAACAAUGGAAGGCCUUUAGAUAAAGGUCAUCUGGGAUGUAAGAAUCACAAGCUAACUGACUACAUCCACUCAAACCCAGACAAAGAAGACAAACUCCUAGCAGAUAUUCUCAAGGAUGAGCUCUCCAGAGCCAUAAACUCUAGCGUUGACUCGAUUUUCAAAAACACAUCACAUACUUUAUUCAAGUCACCACAGCUACACGUCGAGGAUGGGGGAAUGGUGGAAACAGACGAUGAGACCAUGUUCCUCAGCUCUCACGAGCCAGCGUCAUCAUCCACCCAUGUAGACAGCAUGUCACGACUCCCCCCAUGUUCCAAGAGUGGUAUAGCCCAACAACUACCAGAGAUUCAAACCGAGGCUCUAUCUCUGGUUGUUCAAAAGCCUGCUUCAAUUUCUCGCCCAUGUUCUCUAAACUUAACAGUGAAAAGGCCUCUCCAUUUCCACCAGCCCUCCCUCCUAUACAACCACCCCACUGCCCUACAGGAAGACCACCAAGUACUGGAUAACCUCAAACACAACAGCUACCAUCAAGAUACCUUCGAAGGGCUCCAGUGUAGACCCACUACCACGGGUCUGCCUACCCCAGAGAUGGUUGACUUAUUGUGGGAUCCGGUCAAAGUGAGGUCCAAGGUGACCUCCAGGCCACCCAGGAGUCCUCAGGCUCACCACCCCAUGGCCACAGGGCAUCAUGUGCUUCUGGACAGUAUCGGUCUCCCUCACGUCAAGAUGGAGUGUGGUAGCUUCCAGAGCAGGGUGAAGAGGACCUCAUAUGUGCUGAAUGUAUCCUUUCAAAAAUAGUGUUAUUAUUAUUUUUAAACAUUUAGGUGUUUUACCACUUUAUUCAGACAGUAAGGACAAGGGAUGAGGAGACAGGCGGGUGGGAGAAACAGCGGGACGGGAUUCGGACCCUGGUCUCCGGUCAGGGAGUCAUACAGUAUUAUGUGACAGGGAGUGUUUACUACAACACCACGGCUCUGCACAGAGAUUUUACUAUAGAAUACUACUAUAUACUUCACAUUGAUUUAGGGAAUCUGUAAUAUUACAGUUAGUCAGUGAAUCUGUAAUAUGAGUGUUACAUGUCGUGGUCAAGCAUGAUCUGGGUUUUUCAAAUGCCUGGCAUUUCCACCAAAAUGAUAGAUUCUUUGGUUGGCUUUCUUUAGUGAGGCAAUUGGCUUCAGGUACGAUGAGUCAUAUCAAUAAUACUGUGCCUAAGGAAGAUUGCCUUUCUUUGAGGUUUAUCUAAGUGUCUCAUAAUAACCAUUCUCUGCCCACAUGGAUAGUCCGUAAACAAAAAUCAAUCCUCUUUCCAGGAGUACAAUAUCUCUGAGGCUUGGGCUAGCAUUAGCAGUACCUGUGGUAGGAUGCACUUCAAGGAUAAUUUCCCCUUUUGAUCUUGUGAUCUCUACUCCUAAGGCAAUUGCUUCUACCAUCUGAGUGUAGUCUAAUGAUUGCAGGACAGAGAAAAACACUGACGUAAAAUAAUACCAGUCUUUGAUAAUAAUUGUCAGGAUUCAGGACCAGGAGCUUCUAUUUCAACGGUAGUAAUAUUGAAGUAGAAGUGUAGCAAUAGUGAAAACAAUCAGAGUAUCAUCAACAUCAUUUUCUUUAGGAAUACAAUAUAUAUUUUCUUCCAUUCAUAUUAUUCUGAUGUAUGCAUGACUUGAGUACAGUACGUAUUAGCUCCUUAACCUUAGUAUAUGUAGGAAGGUCUGACCACACACCAUCUGAAGAAAGCCAAGUUGAUGUUCUUCUAUUCUCGCUACCCUAGCUCUAACGUGCUCACAACCUUUUUCUCCGAUGUCCAGGUAAUGAAAUACACCACAUGACCAAAAGUAUGUGGACACCUGCUCAUCGAACAUCUCAUAUUCCAAAAUCAUGGGCGUUAAUAUGGAGUUGGUCCCCACCUUUGCUGCUAUAACAGCCUCCGCUCUUCUGGGGAAGGCUUUCCACUAGAUGUUGGAACAUUGCUGCGGGGGACUUGCUUCCAUUCAGCCACAAGAGCAUUAGUGAGGUCGGGCACUGAUGUUGGUCGAUUAGGCCUGGCUUGUAGUCGGCGUUCCAAUUCAUCCCAAAGGUGUUUGAAGGGGUUGAGGUCAGGGCUCUGUGCAGGCCAGUCAAGGUCUUCCACACCGAUGUCGACAAACCCUUUCUGUAUGGAUCCUCGCUUUGUGCACGGGGGCAUUGCCAUGCUGAAACAGGAAAGGGCAUUCCCCAAACUGUUGCCACAAAGUUGGAAGCACAGAAUCGUCUAGAAUGUCAUUGUAGCUCAGUUGGUAGAGCAUGGCGCUUGCAACGCCAGGGUUGUGGGUUCGUUUCCCACGGUGGGCCAGUAUGAAAAUGUAUGCACUCACUAACUGUAAGUCGCUCUGGAUAAGAGCGUCUGCUAAAUGACUAAAAUGUAAAUGUGAAAAAUGGUAUGCUGUAGCGUUAAGAUUUCCCUUCACUAGAACUAAUGGGCCUAGCCCGAACCAUGAAAAACAGCCCCAGACCAUUAUUCCUCCUCCACCAAACUUCACAGUUGGCACUAUGCAUUAGGGCAGGUAGCGUUCUCCUGGCAUCCGCCAAACCCAGGUUCGUCCGUCGGAAUGCCAGAUGGUGAAGCGUGAUUCAUCACUCCAGAGAACGCGUUUUCCACUGCUCCAGAGUCCAAUGGCGGCGAGCUUUACACCACUCCAGCCGACGCUUGGCAUUGCGCAUGGUGAUCUUAGGCGUGUGUGAGGCUGCUCGGCCAUGGAAACCCAUUUCAUGAAGCUCCCGACGAACAGUUCUUGUGCUGACGUUGCUUCCAGAGGCAGUUUGGAACUCAGUAGUGAGUGUUGCAACCGAGGACGGAUUAUUUUAAAGCUCUACACGCUUCAGCACUCGCCGGUCCCGUUCUGUGAGGUUGUGUAGCCUACCAUUUCGUGGCUUUCCACUUCACAAUAACAGCACUUACAGUUGACCUUGGCAGCUCUAUCAGGGCAGAAAUUUGACGAACUGACUUGUCGGAAAGGUGGCAUCCUAUGACGGCGCCACGUUGAAAGUCACUGAGCUCUUCAGUAAGGCCAUUCUACUGCCAAUGUUUGUCUAUGGAGAUUGCAUGGCUGUGUGCUCGAUUUUUAUACACCUGUCAGCAACGGGUGUGGCUGAAAAGCCAAAUCCACUAAUUUGAAGGGGUGUCCACAUACUUUUGUAUAGAUAGUGUCUACAGAUUUUACAUUUUUAUAAAUGGUGUGUUAUAUAUCCAGAGAAUUAUACAGAUUUUAAUGAAUGACCUUUUACUAUGGUGUAGAGUGAAUACCUGAAAUGUUGAGAUAGAAUCCCCUCAUUGAAAACAAUCACUGAACACAUAACUGUGGGCAAUUUGCUUUAUUUAAAUAGUUCAUACAUGAUUUAUUGACAUAUUUACAAUGAAAGCAGAAACAGUGGGAUGAACAAAAUGAUCACACACACACUAAAAGCAACUAAAUUAAACCUACAUCAGACAAAGUGAAAAUAACCCAGAAAUAACUAAUCGCUCAUUUAAAAUAUAACUUAGAACGUACUCACCCAAACUCUUUUGUUUAUUUGUGUUCCCAUACAGCUCACUCGCUGUAUCAUGUCCCAGCUGAUUAAAUGGUUCAGCAACUUCAGAGAGUUCUACUAUAUUCAGAUGGAGAAGUUUGCCCGUCAGGCCCGAGUGGAGGGGGUGAACAGCGUGGGGGAUGUAACAGUGGGAAGAGACUCUGAGCUCUUCAGAGCCCUCAACAUGCACUACAACAAGGCCAAUGACUUUCAGGUACUGUAAAUCUCUAUCCAUUUCAAAUCGUACGACCAUCCUCUCAUGCCGCGAGCCUACAUUCUGGUUCGCUAAGCGGAUUGAAUCCAUCGCGCUGCUCAUGGACUUCCAACUCUCUCGUGUAUUUUUUAAGACACGUCUUCAUCCCUUUUACGCCUCCAUUGUGCUCAGCUGGAUUCCUGUACAGACAGUCAAUUUGAUCGAAAUGUAAGAUGGUAUGCACAACACGUUGUUUAUGGGUGGUCGGCGUGUACAACAGGUAUGUUAGCGGAAGUCUUAAGCACAGAUUCUUUUUUAGAGCUUUAUAUAUCUGUACAAAGUCUACAAAGAUCAAUGCGGUACGGUGAGUUGAAAGCACACACACACAAACAAAACACUUUAAAAUGGGCCAAAGGUCAAUAGGCCCGACAGAUAUAAAACCUGUGAGUUCAGAGGGGUGGAGUUGGGGAGGGGGUUGAUUACAUUUGAUGUUGCUUACUGUGUCUGAUGUCUUGUUUGCUAAUGCUGGUUGGAGAAUAGAAUAUGAUUUGUAUUAGUCCAUCAACAGAAUGAACUGUUUAUUCUACUCUGCUCCCAACCAAGGUUACUAUAGUAAACUAAAACUAAUCAUUAAAAAAACAAUUUCGUAAACUGAAAUAAGAUAAUCGACUGAGUUUAAGCUUUUUUCUAAUGGAGUUUUCAAGCUUGAGAAUCCAGAGGGUAAAUGCUGCCAGGAGAUUGUGAUGUUUCAAACAGAUCUAGCUUGUGCAUCACUAUAAUUAUCUAUCACUAGCUAACAGGGAAGAAAUCCACAACUUUCCGUCCCUAAAACUAAAUAAUAUAACAUCGAAAUAGAAAUGUUUUUAUAAAACUCAAACUACACUGAACACAAAUAUAAACGCAACAUGUAAAGUGUUGGUCCCAUGUUUAGUGAGCUGAAAUAAAAGAUCCCAUAAAUGUUCCAUACGCUUAUUUCGCUCAAAUUUUGUGCACAAAUGUGUUUACAUCCCUGUUAGUGAGCAUUUCUCCUUUACCAAGAUAAUCCAUCCACCUGACAGGUGUGGCAUAUCAAGAAGCUGAUUAAACAGCAUGAUCAUUACACAGGUUCACCUUGUGCUGGGGACAAUAAAAGGCCACUCUAAAAUGUGCAGUUUUGUCACACAACACAAUGCCACAGAUGUCUCAAGUAUUGAGGGAGCGUGCAAUUGGCAUGCUGACUGCAGAAAUGUCCACUAGAGCUGUUGCCAGAGAAUUGAAUGUUAAUUUCUCUACCAUAAGCCGCCUCCAAUGUUGUUUUAGAGAAUUUGGCAGUACGUCCAAACGGCCUCACAACCGCGGACCACGUGAAACCACGCCAGCCAAGGACCUCCACAUCUGGCUUCUUCACCUGUGGGAUCGUCUGAGACCAGCCACCCGGACAGCUGAUGAAAGAGUGGGUUUGCACAACCAAAGAAGUUCUGCACAAACUGUCAGAAACCGUCUCAGGGAAGCUUGUCUGCGUGCUCGUCGUCCUCACCAGGGUCUUGACCUGACUGCAGUUUGGCGUCGUAACCGACUUCAGUGGGCAAAUGCUCACCUUCGAUGGCCACUGGCACGCUGGAAAAGUGUGCUAUUCAUAGAUGAAUCCCAGUUUCAACUGUACCGGGCAGAUGGCAGACAGCAUAUAUGGCGUCGUGUGGGCGCGCGGUUUGCUGAUGUCAACGUUGUGAACAGAGUGCCCCAUGGGGGCGGUGGGGUUAUGGUAUGGGCAGGCAUAAGCUACGGACAACGAACACAAUUGCAAUUUGAAUGUACAGAGAUACCGUGACGAGUUCCUGAGGCCCAUUGUCGUGCCAUUAAUCUGCCGCCAUCACCUCAUGUUUCAGCAUGAUAACGCACGGCCCUAUGUCAGAAGGAUCUGUACACAAUUCCUGGAAGCUGAAAAUGUCCCAAUUAUUCCAUGACCUGCAUACUCACCAGACAUGUCACCCAUUGAGCAUGUUUGGGAUGCUCUGGAUCGACGUGUACGACAGAAGUGUUUGUUCCAGUUCCCGCCAAAAUCCAGCAACUUCACACAGCUAUUGAAGAUGAGUGGGAAAACAUUCCACAGGCCAGAAUCAACAGCCUGAUCAACUCUAUUGGAAGGAGAUGUGUCACGCUGCAUGAGGCAAAUGGUGGUUACACCAGAUACUGACUGGUUUUCUGAUCCACGCUCGUACCUUUUUUUAAGGUAUCUGUGGCCAACAGAUGCAUAUCUGUAUUCCCAGUCAUGUGAAAUCCAUAGAUUAGGGCCAGAUACAUUUAUUACAAUUGACUGAUUUCUUUACAUGAACUGUAACUCAGUAAAAUAUGUUUUAUUGUUGCAUGUUGCGUUUUAUUUUUGUUCUGUGUAAAUAAAAACAAAUAAAUCAGGUCUGAAAACUGAAACUAAACUGAAUUUCAAAUACAAAUCUAAGAACUAACAGAAAUAAUAAAUAAUAUAAAAACACAACUAUAAUAACCUUCCAUGUUCCAUAUCAUGAUGUCAUCAUACAGUCCUUGGUCUGUAUAGGAUAGAGUUAUAAUGUUGAUAUCAUGGAUGGUCAGUCCUUGGUCUGUAUAGGUUAGAGUUAUAGUGUUGAUAUCAUGGAUGGUCAGUCCUUGGUCUGUAUAGGUUAGAGUUAUAAUGUUGAUAUCCUGGAUGGUCAGUCCUUGCAUCCAUAGCUCUGUCUAUACAUUUGAGUGGUUACAUUUCUCGAGACCCAUCAGCUUUUUACCAAAAUGGUGGCGGCUUUGUUUUGAAUUGCAGAUUGACCAUUUACAUAUCUUACAGGUUGUGCCUUUUAAUCUACAGGUCCCUGACAGGUUCCUUGAAGUGGCUGAGAUCACACUGCAGGAGUUUUACGUCGCCAUCUCUCUGGCCAGAGACUCGGACCCAUCCUGGAAGAAAGCCAUCUAUAAGGUCAUCUGUAAACUGGACAGUGACGUACCGGCCGAAUUCAAAGCCCCCCUCACAGCAUAG